AUGGAUUGGCAUGGACAGGAUCAGUGGUUAUGGCCUGGAUAUGGGUUCCUUGUCUCCUUUUCUCUGUCAAGCAUUUUAUCCAGACAACCUAUGGUGCAGUGCAAGAAGGUGAAGCAACAAGGUCGCUUAGGACGAAAGGAGAAGCCUAAGUUUGGUGAAAUUUGUAUGCGAAGAAACCUGGGGAUUCUGCGCAGGGUUGUACCAAGUUGUGAAGAGGUGGAUGAUGAGGAAGCCUUGAUCCUCAAGUCAAUUCAGCAUCUCAUGCUUCUCAAAUCUCAGGUUACUUUACUGAGAACGCUAGCUGAUGUUUGUUGAGUCUAAAAGAACGUAACUUCUCAAUUUUUUGUUUUCUGUUUUUGCUUAAAUGUUCUUAAGUUGUUAUGCAUUAUGAUAUAAGAUCUAAACGGAGAAAGAUAAGAAACAGAGGAGAUCAAAUAAACAUGCAAAUUAGUUAACAUUCAACAAUCCAAAUAAACAGAAAUAUUGGGUUUUUGUUGCUUAGGCCAUGGGCUUCACACAUCACAUGUUAUGUUACUUUUGAGUUAUUAUAAGAACAGUAUUGUAAAAAGACCUUUCUAUAACCCGUUAUUUGGGCCCACUAUAAGCCUAAUUACUAACGUGAGUAUCAUGUCAUUAUAAGAACAGUAACGUAAAAAGACCUUUCUAUAAACCUUUUUACGGCAAUUUCAUUUUUUUUUCAAAACUAUGUUCAGCUCGAGAAAACCUUUGAAUGCCUCCGUUAUGUUUCGGGAGGUCUACGCCCUACAGAUACUGUUUACCUGAGACCGUCCCUUUGUUUGUAAGUAAGUCCUAACGCAAAGUUUGAAUCCUAGACUAGGUUGCACGGGUACGCCACUUGGGUGCCGUCUCGCGUACCGGGUUCGCCGAGGGGACGGGGACAUCUCCGAAACGCCUGGGAAACGUCCCCAACACAUAUGCCGUGAACCCGGGACGGCAAGACUAACCGGGGACGGGUUUAGUCUGAAACCGGAGACGUCUCGGGAACGUUUCUCUUGGAACGGAGACGUAUCCGUUUGACUUUUGGUGUGACGAUAUGUAAAUGUUUAACCAUUCCAUAUUUAUUUUUAAUUGUUUUAUUCUAUUAAUUCUGAAAAAGUUAAAAGAUGCACUAAAGAAAGUUGUUUAUCAAUAAACAACACGUGAGAAGUUCUUGUUUCUUUCUGAUUUUAGUGUUUUGAUGUUUAGGUUUGAAGUUUGAUUCGGUUUGAAUUAUAUUUCAUUAAUACAGUUUUCUGAUUUUUUUCUCUGUAUAUGUUUUCUGUAUACGAAUAUAUGUGAUUUCUUGUGUUGUUGAUUUUACUUGUUGUAUCAUAUUUUUUUUUUGUGAUUUCAGAUUAAGAAGGUGAACUCUCAAACUGUAAAUGUCAUAACUUAUAGAUAUUUAUAUAUUUUCCUAUAUUUUGGUUGCCGUUUCUAUGUCGUACCCGUAUCUAAAAAUUUUAAGUUUGCCGUUU